GCAUUAUACUCGGUCUGAUCUGGUUCGGUCUGAACAACUGUUUGGACCGGUGCGAUCCGGUACAGACCGGACCAUUGCACACUCCUAACAAAAACUAACACAGAAAUAGACCAAGCAAGCAAACACCAAGCCUCCAUAUAAACAACAUGAUUAAUAGGGUGACAAUACAUUAGACUCAACCUACGAAUAAAAGAGGACACACUAUCACUAGACGACACAAUUUCAAAACUAGAAGAUAAAUCACGGAAACUUUUAAAUAUUUGGAAUGUAAAAACACUCUCCAUAUCUUGACAAUUUCAAACAUAUUCAAGAAAGAAUUAUGUUCAUCACGUGAUUAUAUGACAUCGAUUCGAUUCGAUUUAAACGCAUUAGUAAAGUAAAACCACAAAAAAUGUUGAACUUUUACCUAGCUUCCAUAACAUCAUUACCCUAAUCCCGCUACGAAACUCCAGCUCCAGCAUGAGAAUUACCUGUUUUAGGGAUUAGGUCAAAACAAUACCUGCCCGGCUGCCCCUAUGUCGUUGAUGGGCUGAAAGCCCAUUUAGUACUCGAGGAAGAUUACCAAACGCCGCCGUAGCUCGAUGUUGAUAUCGUUGCCCGUUAAACCCCCUCCUUUUCAACUUUCGGUCUAAGACAGCCAUCUUCGCCUGAAGUCUAAACCCUCCCUUCCCCUCCGCUGGUGAAUAUCACGAGUUCAAUUUAGCAGCAGAAGCCGCAGCCAUCGCGCCACCGUCUUCCGAUUCAAUGGCUCCCAGCUUCUUCUUCGAACCUCCGAGCGACGAAGAGCCUGAGCUCUCUUAUCACGAAGAAGACGAGGAAGAAGAAGAACCAGAGCAGCCGCCACAUAAACAGCGGAAAAUAAGACUAGAGCAAGAACAAGAGGAAGAGAAAGCGGAGGCAGCGGCGGCGGAGGAGGACACUGGCGGCGACGGCGAAGAAGAAGAUGAGGAUGAAGACGAGGAGGAGGAUGAGGAUGAAGAGGAACGAGUUAAGCCUUCCAAAACCAAGACACAGUCGCCGUGGGAUUUCGCAGCCUUCUCGGAAUCUGUAGCAGAGGAGCACGCUCGUCGGAGAACCACUUCCAUAGACGACAAGAUCUCAAGAGCUCGCCAGCAGCUCGCCGUUCCCAUUAACAACGCCAGUGACGACGAAGCAUCUGAUGCUUCCGAUGCUGAGUCCGACAGACAAGAAGAAUACAGGCAUGACGACGAUGAUGAUGAGGCGACUAAUGUUGACGAACCAAAGUCAUUUUUUGCAUCCUCUGAAGGAACUUCAUUUCAUGCAAAUUCAUUCAUAGAGCUCAACUUGUCAAGACCGUUGCUUCGAGCCUGUGAGGCGUUAGGUUAUGUUAAGCCUACACCGAUUCAGGCGGCUUGCAUACCUCUGGCACUCAGUGGGCGGGAUAUCUGUGGUAGUGCCAUUACUGGUUCUGGGAAGACAGCUGCCUUUGCAUUGCCUACACUGGAAAGGUUACUUUUUCGGCCAAAACGUGUUCAAGCAAUACGGGUUCUUAUACUUACUCCUACCAGAGAGCUUGCUGUUCAGGUUCAUAGCAUGAUUGAGAAGCUUGCUCAGUUUACCGAUAUCAGAUGUUGCUUAAUCGUUGGUGGGCUUUCAUCUAAGGUUCAACAAGCUGCCUUGAGAACAAUGCCAGAUAUUGUUGUUGCUACCCCAGGGCGCAUGAUAGACCAUCUGCGGAAUUCGAUGUCUGUAGACUUGGAUGACCUUGCAGUUAUGAUCUUUGAUGAGGCUGAUCGUCUUUUGGAGCUUGGAUUCAGUGCAGAAAUUCAAGAACUGGUUCGGCUGUGCCCCAAAAGGAGGCAAACUAUGCUGUUCUCGGCUACCAUGACCGAAGAAGUUGAUGAACUUAUAAAACUUUCUCUAUCUAAACCAUUGCGGCUCUCAGCUGACCCAUCUACAAAACGACCGGCAACAUUGACUGAGGAGGUGAUUAGGAUACGUAGAAUGCGUGAGGGGAAUGACGAAGCAGUUCUUCUGGCAUUGUGCACAAAAACUUUCACAUCAAAAGUGAUUGUUUUCAGUGGCACUAAGCAAGCUGCACAUAGGCUUAAGAUUCUGUUUGGACUAGCAGGCCUUAAAGCUGCUGAGCUUCAUGGAAAUCUUACUCAAGCUCAGCGUUUAGAUGCUUUGGAGCAAUUCAGAAAGCAGGAAGUUGACUUUUUGAUAGCAACUGAUGUGGCUGCUCGUGGCCUUGACAUUGUUGGUGUCCAGACAGUUAUUAACUUUGCCUGUCCCCGUGAUCUUACAAGUUAUGUUCAUAGGGUGGGCCGUACUGCCAGAGCUGGUAGGAAGGGAUAUGCUGUCACAUUCGUAACAGAUAAUGAUCGCUCUCUUUUGAAAUCCAUUGCAAAAAGGGUGGGUUCAAAGUUGAAGAGUCGGAUUGUGGCUGAGCAAUCUAUUACUAAAUGGGGUCAGAUAAUCGAGCAAAUGGAAGAUCAAGUUGCUGAGGUUCUUCAAGAAGAGAGGGAAGAGAUGGCUAUAAGAAAAGCUGAGAUGGAAGUAACAAAGGCUGAGAAUAUGAUUGAACACAAGGAAGAAAUAUUUUCCCGGCCCAAAAAAACAUGGUUCAUGACAGAGAAGCAAAAGAAGCUUUUGGAAAAAGCAACAAAGGCAACGGCUGAAAACGAAAAUGGAUCUGGGAAAGGCAUGAUCAGUGCCCAACAAGCCGAGGACCUAAAAAUGAAGGCAAAGAGGAAGAGAGAGCAUGAGAGGAACUUGCCCCGUAAGCUGCGUCGCAAACUACAAGCAGCGAGAGAGAUGCUGGAUGAAGAAGAUGAAGUCAAACCUAUGCGGGGUAGCGGAAAAGACGAGAAAGAAAAGGCUGGAUUGUCACUGGUUGACCUAGGGUAUAGACGUGCCAAGGCAGUAAAAGCUGUCAAGAGGGCGAAAGAUUCGGGCAAGUUCGUAGAGAAGAAGGCCCCUAACAAAUCAAAGCGCCCUUCCCAAAGAAAUCAAUCCAGGACCGAAGAGAUGAAGGAUCUAUUCCAGACCGAUAUGAGUGAUAGGAAACAGCUAAACAAGGGUUCCGGCAGUGGGUUACGCAAAAAGGCCAAGAGUUCUUUCAAGAGCAAAUCACGAUAUAAACGCAGGUAGAUGCAUAAGGAGUGGUACUUGGUGGUCUGCAUCAUCCAACUGAAAUCUUCUCCGGUAGUGUCUAUCAAAGAAGAUGUCUGCUUUCUCCGAAGCAUUCUCAGUUUUGAGUAUUUAUCAUGCCCCUCAUAAUAGUACCCUAUUAUUUUGUCACCUCAAUACAUUGGCGCCUCUUACUGUCAUGCUCCCUUGAAAACGCAUUCUCGGCAAUUUGGCAUCGAAUUGAUGUACAAGUACAACCCAAACCAAGCAGAGCUACAAAACCACAAACGGACAUUAGGUUGUCUCCCAUUUUGAUAUUUGGUAGAAAGAUCAACACAUCAGGUUGUCUCCCAUUUUGAUAUUUGGUAGAAAGAUCAACACAUUAGCGGCUUAACCUUGUAAUAAAACUGAACAUAGCUAGGUUAUCUCCAUAAUGUUAUAGGACAACCAAUACCUAAAUUCAGGUUCACACACAUCGAAGAGAUGCCUACCAAACAAAUCUAUGACCCCUUGCUAGCAAGAAAAUCUGCAGUAUGAUUACAUUCUUCAGCAAGCAUGUCAUCGCAGUGGCUGUAGCAGAGUUAAGGUUGAGCAACACAUUCUUGUAGCCACUAUUCCACGCCAUCCUUGGUCCUUUAGAUGCCCCUUUGACUUGGCACUUGUAAUCGAACAGGAGGCCAGGUUACAUGUGAAAGAUCCAUGGCGUCUGCUGAGGUGAUCAUGUAGAAGACCUGCUGUGGCAGCAGCCCUGCCCGAGUUGGUCAUAACGGUAGCACGCAACAAGUGAAACUCAGCAUCCCAAGCGAAAUUGCCAUUUACGCACAUGACAGAUUGGUAAGAACAUUAACCACUUUGAGCCAGGACCAGGAAGGACCAACUGAUGUGUAUAUCAUCUCGUUAGUUUUCAUUUACCUAAAGCCCAACCCUCUUUCUUUCUCGGGAACAACCAGGUAAUCUACUCGAGCACGCUUAAUGUAAUCUCAAUUCUCAUCCCGAUCUCUACCAGAGCUAUCGUCUGAGCAACGCGUUGAUUCUCUUGCUGAAUUUUGCACCCUGACUGAUCCACAAUCGACAAGGUUGAAGAAAUUGGCAAACGUAGGAAGCACAGAAAAGAAGAUUUCCAUUCCCUGCUCCAUUAUGCCAUUAGGAAUUCAUGAUCUACAAAUGCACAUGUGACAGGAGAGUUGCGCCGAUCUGUCUACAUAUCAAAGGCCACAAGUGAAUACUUACGACAAGAAAUGAAUUGUAAUCUUAGGACGAGACAGAUUUCUAAUCUACUUCGUAGUGUUCUUUCCAUCAGCUGGGGGGAAAACAAUCUGCCGCCAUUUUACAGAAACUGGGAACCGUAAUAAACAUUCAGUAAUACUCAUCAAUGCCUUCAAUCGCAUGAACGUAAUAUAAUACAUCUUCGUUUGGCACACAUCUAAACAACCAGGGCAAAAACGAGAGGACUCUACUAAAUCUCUUAUAUCUCUUGAUUUGGUGUUGGACCAAACUCAUAACCAGCCACAGUCCUUCCUUUGCUACAUGGGAUAAGCUAGCUAGGUCCUUAAGUUUAUUACGUUACUAGCCGUCGCCAUGAGGAACAGAUGGGCAGUGAGAACCACAAAUCUAAUGGUCGAUUUUACCAUAAUAAAAUACUCAAACAAAA